CAAUGCAUAUGCAUACUCGGUUUUCCCACACUAAUCUUGUCCUACAUUGAUUUCUAAGACUAUAUAUACAUUUUCCCCUAAGAACAUCAAUCUCCAGUUACACUAAACAAAGUACUUCUGAGGGAUUAAUUUGCAGCAUUAGCAUGGCAGAUAACAAGGAAGGAGGUAUUGUGAAGAAAGGUCACGAAGAAGGAAUGAGAAUGGCCGUCGGUCUUUUGCAAGAGAUGGAGCUGCCCGAAGGGCUGCUGCCACUGUCCAACGUCGUCGAAGUCGGGUUCGUUAGAGAGACCGGGUACAUGUGGAUUGUGCAGCAGAAGAAAGUGGAGCAUGAAUUCAAGAUGAUCAGUAAGCAGGUGAGCUACGACACCGAGAUCAACGGACUCGUCGAGAAUAAACGGAUCAAGAGGCUCAAGGGAGUGAAGGCGAAGGAGCUGAUGCUAUGGCCGCCGGUGAACGAGAUCACCAUCGAUGAUAAACAACCCGGGAAGAUCCAUUUCAAGAGCCUUGCGGGGAUCACCAAGACUUUCCCUGUUGAGGCUUUUGCUGCAGGCCAGUGAGACGAUGAGAUGAGG